GGAGGGAUCUGAUAAAACUUUACGUCUGAACUUCCCUGUGAACUUUUUCUACUAUUUAUGAACUUAUUCAACAAAAAGGAAAGUUUUAACACCCGGAACCGACACGUUACAGGAUGAAGAGCCUCAAGUAUCGGUUGAAAAAGCACGAAGUCACCAUCACAAACACAGACUGGAACAAGUAUGAUGAUCGGCUGAUGAAAGCAGUGGAACGUGGCGAGGUGGACAAAGUGGCUGCUGUUCUCAGCAAGAAGGGCAUCAUACCCACCAAGCUUGACGUGGAAGGACGCUCUGCGUUUCAUCUGGCUGCAACGCGAGGACACCUAGACUGUCUCAAUCUCAUCCUGGGACACAGCGUUGAUAUCACUGCGACUGAUGCCACUGGUAAAAACGCUCUUCACCUCUCCUCAAGAAAUGGACAUUCUCUGUGUGUGCAGAAGCUCUUGCAGUCAUGGCAGGCUGCUCUUCCAGUGUGAAACUUCUCUGUGACAGUGGGGCUUCUGUGAAUGCCAGUGAUUUUGAUGGCAGGACACCUCUGGUGCUGGCAACCCAGAUGUGUCACCCACGCAUCUGUCAGCUGCUGCUGGAGCGAGGGGCUGAUAUCACCGUCCGAGACAAACAAAACAAGACAGCGCUGAUUCUGGGCUGCGAGUAUGGCUGUAAGGACGCAGUGGAGGUGUUGCUGAAGAGCGGCGCUGAUGUAAAGGCAGUUGACGGCAUGGGUCAUGAUGCAUUUCACUAUGCUCGCCUCAGCAAGAGCCCGGAGCUUGUUACGAUGGUCAAAAGUUACCUCGAGAAAGCCACCAGAGAUAAAGAGGCAGCAAAGAUUGAACAGUGGAAGCGACAGCAUUCAGUAGAGAGAUCAGAGGCAGCUGAGGCUAACAGAAGGGAUCAGAUCAUCCAUGACUUAGAGAGGCAGAACGAGACCCUACAGGAAAGUCUCAGGAAAUACCACCAGGAGCAGAGAGCCCUGUUAGAUAAGGUCAACUUGCUACAGCAACAGCUCACACAGGAAAAGAUAACUGUCGACGACACUCAAAAAGAGAAGGAGCAGUUGAAGGUUUUACUCAGCGCCAAAGAAAGAGAGGACGGGGCUCGGGGCCUGGAGACUGUCAAGGUCCAGCUCCGGAGUACUUUGGGUGACUACUCUGGGCAGUCUGUUAUCAAAGGUAAAGAAAAUGCUUUGGUCAAACAAGCUCACAGCCUCGAUUCUGAUCAGAUGCUGCAGAAUAGUGCCAUAUCACGUACACUGUCCAGACCUGCAGAGAAGAGUCAGCCCACUGUAGGUUGGGACCUCUCCAAUGAGCUGGAUGCACUCCGAAAUGAACAUGAAGCAGUCAAGAGAAGACAACAGGCAGCGGAGGAAGAGACGGCACGGCUUCAGUCUGCCCUGAACCGUAAAAACCGAGAGUGCCAAGAACUGGUUCAGAGCCGAGACACCAUCCAGAAACAGGCUGACCAGCAGGUUCAAGAGCUUGAGGACGCCUUGGGGGAUGUCCAGAAGAGGAUGCUGGAUUCUGAGUGUAAGGUUAAACAGCUGCAAGCCCAUGUAGUUGCUGUUAAAGAACACUUAGGAGGCCAGGCGACAGAAGAACUGCGGGCCCAGCUCCAGGAUAUCAAGGUCAAGUAUGAAGGUGCUUCAGCAGAAGUGGGUCGUGUUCGCAAUCGCCUCAAACAGAGCGAGAAGGCCUUGGAGGAGUACAAGAACAGCGAGAGCCAGCUAGCAGCUGAGGCAGAAAGGCUGAAUCAAGACCUGGGAGCUCUGACCGCAGAAAGAGAUGAACUAGCAGAAACCCUUUUAGAAAUGGAAACCCAAUUAAAGGAGGCCCAGACUAAACAUGGCAACACAGUACCAGCUGAGAAGUUUGACAACAUGAAAAAUCUGCUGACCAAUGCAGUUGAUGAGAAGGAACGUCAGCUUGCUGAGCUGAGGGAAGACUAUGAUCGUGUGCUGGAGGAGGUGGCUGAACUCCAUCGAAAGCUGGACAGUCCUUCAUCCCAGGGAGGAUCAGGUGCGAUGGCAGCUGAGGAGCAGCAGAGGAUAUGGGCUGCCCUCGAAGAGCAGAAUGCGUCAUUGAAAAGGAAACUGGUCGAUUUGACUGCAAAAAGCCAGGAUCUAAUUCGUGAGGUUGAGGAGAGUGAGGAGGAAAGAGAUAUACUACGAGAGCAGCUGGAGGAGUUCAACAGCAGAAUUGAGAUCGACUUUAUACCUAUAAAGGACCACGAGGAUGCUCGGAGGCACAUGGUAACCGCUUUGGAGGAGCUAGAGGACAAACUUGUGGAAGCAAGCGAGCGUUAUGGGAAAGCAGAGGCACAAGUCCAGCAGCUUUCAACUGAGAGGGCUACGCUGCAGGAGAAUAUUACCAGUCUCCAAACUUCCACUGAAAGACACCAGAGUGAAAUGGACGCUCUGAGGUCUCAGAACGCCGACCUGAUGAAGAAACUUGAACUUUUGCAGAGGAGAGGUGAAGACCGAGACAAAGAGUAUGUGCAGCUGACCACACAGAACCAGACUCUGAAACAGAGCUUGGAGGGAGAGUAUGUUCCCAGACAGCAGCAUGAGCAAGUGAAGAUGGAGUUAAGUUCCACCUUAGAGAGUGUCAAAGCUGAGAUGUUGAAGUUGGAGACCAAGGAAAAAGAAAGUGGGGAAGAAUUUAAGAAUGUGAAAGAAGAAAAUGAUAAGUUGAAAGAAGAGUUGAAAAAAGUCUUGUUGGAAAUCAACAAAGACUGUAUAAGCAUAAAAGACCACAAAGCUACCACAGACAAGUUGAAUGCUGCUGUGGUUGAGGCAGAGAACAGAGCAAACGAAGUGUCAGCGAUGUAUGUGUCUGCUCAGGAGGAAACAGUAAAGCUUACCCAAGAACUGGAGGCUCAGAAGAAAGAACUUGAUACGAUACAGGAGGCAAUUCAGUCUAAGUUUAUCCCACUGACAGCGGCUGAGGAAAAAGAACACUCCUACAUUGCCCAGGUGAAGGAGUUGACAGUCAAGCUGUUGGAAGUGGAAGAGAAGUAUAACAAAGAAAGAUCUGCAGGAGAAGGCGACAAGCAGGAGAAAGAGAAACUAAAAGUUGAGAUUGAAUCUGUUCAACAGAGACUAGACUCUGCUCUAGUUAGCAGUGAAAAGUACAAGAAUGUCGAGGAAGAGUUCAAGGGUAAAUUAGAGGAAUUAACGCAGAAGUUGCUCAGCUUAGAGCAGCAGCACAAGGAGGUGACACUUCAGAAAGCUGAUCUUCAAGACCAGAAUGCCCUCUGCAAUAGUCAGAUCCAGAAUCUCCAGGAGCGUCUGAAAUCAGAGCUGAUUCGGAUAGCAACGUAUGACACAGAGCUUCAAGCCCUCCAUGAUGCCAUGCAGCAAGCACAGGUCGACUGCAAGAAAGCAAGAGAGACUCAACAGGAGGAGGCCCAGAGGGUUUGUGCCUUACAGAAAGAACUGCAGGAACGCCACAAGGAUCAGGCUUCUCUGCUACAACAACAGGCCAACUCCAACGAAGCCCUGGAGGCUGAAGUCGCUAAGCUCCGAAUGGCUCUCCAAGAAGAAGAGGAGAACAACACCCAGAGGGCUGAAGACGUAUCUGCCCUGCAAUCUGAGCUGCUUCAAGCCACACAGGCUCUCGAGGAAAUUCGCUAUAAGGAAGACCAAAUGAACCAGCUGAAGAAGGAGAAGCAGCAGCUGGAGGAGGAGGCUGCCAACCUGAACAACAAGCUUUUGAGUUUAGUAAAGAAAUGUGAAGAGGCCCAUCAGGAGUCGAUGCAUGCGAGGGAAGGUGAGAGCCGGGCCAGGACGGAGAUGGAGGCUGUAAAGGAGAAGGGACAUGGCAUUGAAAGAGAAAUUACGGAGCUGAAGGAGAGAUAUGAUGAGUCGCUCAGCACCAUCUGUGACCUUCAGAGGAGGAUUCAGACAUCAGCUCAGCAGACUGAAGCCAAAGACAAGAAGAUCACAGAGUUGCUGACAGACGUUGAGCGAUUGAAGCAGGCACUGAAUGGUCUGUCCCAGCUGGCAUACACAAGCAACGCGCCCAAUAAGAGACAGACGCAGCACAUUGACACACUUCAAGCCCAGAUCAAGAGCCUACAGCAACAGCUGGCUGAUGCUGAGAGGCAACACAGGGAGGUGGUUUCAAUUUAUCGAACUCAUCUACUCAGUGCAGCGCAG